UCGGACGUCUGCUAUGGUAGCAUUUUUGCGUUCCGAACUGGUACUGCGGUAUCCUGCUGCGCCGUUCGUGUGCCAACCAUGUCGUGGCACUAGAAUGCGAUGCGGGCCCCCCAUUGCUCAGUUUGAGGUUCGCAUCUCUUGACGAACGUUUUCGAAACUUUUGCUCGUUACAAUGAGCCAGGAAAAGGCCACGGAUGCCGUAUCAGAAUACGAAAACACUAACUCGACUCUACAAACGAACAGACUAAGUAUGGUGAGCGGGGCGACGGAAAGCUCCGAAUACAUGGAGCCAGUCAGCCUCUAUUCAGAGCCGGGAGAUGAUGGCAGGAAUAACCGACUUCGUAACAACAACACAAAGACAGGAACAGGCACCAGUCGAUACGCAACCGUCUGUUUUGAACCUCAGCCUCCUACUCUGCCGAACGCCAACGGUAUUCGAGCACGAAGAACGAGGACAGCAAAUCGUCGCUGUCCUUCGGUCUGCGACGGCGUCAAGCUGAAGAGGCGUUGGGGAGUAGUCGAACAGUUCAUUGGGGAAAGGAGUUCUUUGUUUCUUUUUGUGUCCAUCGUGAUGGGAGUGUUUGGCUGCAUCGGAUUCCUAGUGGCUAUUGGAGUUGCUGUCAGCGGUACCGGUCACUCAGCAAAUUGUGCAUGCGCAUCAGCUGGAAACUCUGAACCCAGAGAAGCAGCAGCAUUGGCUCAAUCAACGAACAACAAUACAUCUACUCUAUCUGCUGUUCAUUUAGUCAAUGUACCAGGUCCCCCUGGUUCUCCCGGUCCUAGAGGGCCAAAGGGACAAGCUGGUUCCCAAGGACCUGCAGGUAGUCCAGGUAUAUCGGGAGAAAAAGGCGAGGUUGGAGGGGAAGGCCAGCGUGGCAAACGUGGUCUCCAAGGAGCACCGGGCAUUGGUAUAAAGGGAAGUCGUGGAGAUGUUGGAUCUCGUGGUCCUCCUGGGGGAAAAGGAGCGAAGGGAGACACAGGACAAGCAGGCACAGCAUCAUUUCGUGGAGCUCCUGGUCUUCGAGGGGAGAAAGGCGGCAAAGGUGACACUGGUGAUCCUGGCCCAAGAGGAUACUCGGGAUAUCCUGGAGUACAAGGUGUGCAAGGCUUGCCUGGCCGUCAAGGUCUGAAAGGUCAGAAAGGACAAAAAGGUGAUAGAGGAUCGAAAGGGACAAGAGGCGAAACCUUAUAAACUAUAGCCAUGUCCUGCAUCAGUAGAACGGAAGAACUCAGAAUGAUCAUGAACAGACUUGUUGAGAUUGCAUGCAGAUGGAAUUUGCGUUUUCAAUAGAUUAAAUAAGUAUGUUGCUAGGACAUACUGAUGCCUUGUGUG